AUGCGCCUCCUCAACGUGCGAACGCUUCAGUUCGCGACGUUCACGACCGAAGACACCCCGCCCUACAUCAUCGUGUCACAUCGAUGGGGUGACAACGAGGCAACGUUUGAAAACUUCAAAAGCCACAAGAUAUGGACGAGCGAAGGCUAUAUGAAAGUGAAAGGAUUCUGCGACUUCAUCCGCAAGGUUCGGCCUGACACCGAAUGGCUGUGGUUAGAUAGCUGUUGCAUCGACAAGAGAGACACAGCCGAGGUGGCCAAAGCUAUCAACUCCAUGUUCCGGUGGUAUCGCAAUGCAGUUGAAUGCUUUGCCUACUUGAGAGAUGUCGAAUCUCUCUCUACAGAGGUCGACUCAGAGUUUGCUAGAAGCGUGUGGUUCAAACAGUGUAGUCUUUCUGAACCGAAGUUGUCUGUCAUCGGCCACAAGAGUGGGACGUUGUCCCUCGAUCCUGCCGAAGCGGAUACAUACCGAAAAUCACCGUUGAAUCAGGCAGUCUCAAGCAUCACACACGUACCUCUGGAUGUUUUACACGACAUUUCAGCGAUCAAAAGACAUCCCGUUCGCGAAGUGAUGUCUUGGGCUAGGUAUCGAAAGACCAAGGAGCCUGAAGACGAGACCUACAGCAUGCUCGGUCUCUUCGGGGUUUUCAUGCCCUUGAUCUUAGGGGAAAGCCGCGAGAGUGCUCGCGCCCGACUGGCGGAAGCGAUCAGCAGAAAAUAUGCCAAUGAUGUCACGCGUGAACUGAUCAAUAUCUCCCCGCCGGAAGAGCUGGUUCUAAGUGAUGCAACCACCAGCGAUCAACCACCUCAAGACAGCCGGCACCGUAGCCGGGACCAUUCCACCAUGUCUGACCAACAAGUCCCCGGCUCCUCCAGCGGACAACCGGACCGGCACAAUGCCAGAAAUGCCAGUUCUACGGAGGGCAGUGAUUAUAUCGAAAAGAUGGAUACAGCCCUUGAGCGAUGGUACCGAGACGCAAAAUCUGGCGAACUGUUCCAAUAUCGCGCCAUGGACGGGGAACUGUAUCAGGUGUACCAGUCUGGAAGAACAGCUUCACGAGGCUCGGCAACUCGAGAGGCUUUGGAGAAGCUCAUGAGUCACGAGACAAGGAUCGUUGCGUCAGAAAAUACUGGCAAUGGUAAGGGCCGACAAGCUGAUAGUGGCGAAGAUGAUGAAGAGGAGGCCAGUGAUGAGGAUGUCUCCAAAGAGAAUCGCAGGUAUAACCCGCCAAACCGAAAUCCUGCUGGAGGAAGACAGACCGCCGCAGACGUGAAUCACGCAGCAGAUCUAUCUUCUGCGCGGGGUGCACACCAAGGCCGAUCGCGCCAGCCUUCAACACGGCAUGAUCAACGUGCGCUGUCAUCAAGGGGACAGCAGCCUCGUCCUGCCAUUACAGCGCCGAGAGAGCAAGCCAGGAGCCAGCAGAGGACGGGGAACUACAGGGUCAACCAGGACAAUGAGGAAGGCGAGGAAGAAAGUGAGGAGGACUAA